CAACAUGCUGACUAUCAAUAGCAGCAUAGGCCUUUAAGCGUGAACAGAUGUAUGCACGUAGAUAUGUAUGCGAAACAUUCCGGCAAGUUCGAGUGAUAGUAAGCGAAAUCACAUACAACAACAGUAAAUUUAACGAGACGAAAAAUGCCGGCGUUCGGAAUUCUGUAAUUUAACUUUAAUGUUACUUGCUCUCUUGCGCAACAUUAAAUAUUCAAGCAUAUUUACAUAUGUGUGUACGUAUGUACGUAUAUAUCAAUGAAGAUUGAACGCAGUACUUAGCAGCAGCAUCUUGUCGUUACUUCCGACUGGCUUUCAUGCUUUUUGCUCCAUUGAGGAAUAAUAGAAAAUCGAACGUUGGAAUAGAAUGAGAAAUGAAAAUAUUGCGAGUGUAGUGUAAUGUAUGUAUGUGUGUGUUUUAAGUGAGCAAAAUCAGAAACAAAGAAAUCAAGAAAUACCAUCAUACCAGAGGCAAUGAUUACGGUCGGCUGCUGGUCUCAGUCAUCUUCGUAUGCCCAAAGAAAUCAAUAACAAUUUUACUGCACGCAAACGAAACUUCUUUCAAGUAUUAAUCUAUGAAACAGAAAAUCAAAGCGAAACAAAGUAAACUAGAAAAACAAACGUGCUGUCAAUUUUUAUUUAAUUCCGCGCUACAUACAUAUAUAGUACAAUAAUCGUCUAAAAGUAAAGAAACUAAAAUAAAAUUUAAUCAACCAACAACUCUCUUACGGUCUGUGAAACUCUCACAAGCCGAGUGAUUGUGCACUCGUUUGUUUACAAUAUAAAUAAAAAUUGUGUUACCGAUUGUGUUGUUGGUGUUUCGGCGAUGGUAAUAAUGCUUGCGCUAGUGACGCUGUCGGCGACGGCAACGACUACGCCAAACUAAACACGAGCAGCUGUUUUGUGCCGGUCGUUCGUUUGUUGUGUUUAUAACGAUCAGCUGAUUUUGAUUUCUCUUUGCCUCGCAUACAAACUGACUGAAAUAGCAGGCAGUCAGUGUCAAUCGUAUAGCAGCAGCUGUAAAGCCAAAUCUUAUUAUUUUUGUUUGUGUAAGUGAGUGUGUAAAAGGGAAUUGGUGCACGUGUGUAUUUUUAUUGUGACGUGUGUAUGUCGUCUAAUUGUGCACAUAUGUUGCCCGCUGCUUCGGGCUUUGGUAGCGGUAUAGGCGCUGGACUUGUUGGCGGCAGCGGCGGCGGUAGCAGCAGUAGCAGUGGCGCUGGCACAUAUACAUAUAUUACAAACACUAGUGCAGCAGCCACAGUGCAACCAAUGUUGACCGAAAUGGUCGUAGUGGCGGCAGCAGCGGCCGAGCAGCAGCUGCAUCGGCAUCGUUCAAAUUCGAAUUUGAUAACGAGUGUAAAGUCACCGACAACGACGGCGCGCGGUAAACGGCGCUGCAUGAGCAGUAAUAUGUGUACUCAGCAAAUAAUUGGACAUGCGACAACAGCAACAACGACAACACCAGCAGCAACAGUGUUGAAUACGGCGCCUGUAACAAAACGUAAUCGUAAGCUGUUAACAACAGCGACAACAACAGGAAAGACAACAGCUGUGGAGAGAAUGUCUGCCGGCGCUCAAUUGCAGAUGGCACCACAGACCACUACGUCGAUAAGCCAUCAUCAUCCAACUCAGCAGCAGCAUCAUUUUGGCACAGCCCAUCAUAAUCCACAACAGCAGCAACAAAUAUUAACACAACAACAGCAACAAAUUACGCAGGCACAGCAGCAGUUACAACAUUUGCAACAGCAGCCGCAUAUUGGCCAUUAUACGGCACAACAGCAACCACAACCACAACCACAACAACAGCAACAGCAACAAACACAAUCUCUGCAUACAAUAACGAAUCAUCAUCAUCUACAUCCUCAACAGCAGCAGCAACAGUCACAGCUUCCCCAAACUCAUACACAUCAGCAAUUGCCCCAUCAGCAACAGUUGUUACCACAACCGCUUUCGACAUUAGCACCUCCGUUGCAGCAACAGCAGCAAUCAGCUGCGCUGCAGCAUACGCAUAGCGGUGGUCAUAGCAGUAAUCCCGAUUCGAAUAUGAGCACAGGAUCAUCACAUAGCGAAAAAGAUGUUGCCGAUAUGUUAGGUGCAGCAGGCAUUCCCAGUCAGAUAGGUAUACUGUCCAAUAACGGUGCCCCAGGGGCUAUGAUGAGUAGCGGCGGUCUUGGUCAAGACGUAGCUGGUAUGAUGGGCGGUGGCGCAGGCGUUAGCAGCAAUCAACAGCAACAACAAGUGCAGCAUAGUAAUAUGGUUGGACGUCUUGAAAAGCCACCACGUACACCAUCUGAGCGAAAACGCAAACGAAAAUUUCCACACACAGAAGAUAGUGGCGGUGGCGGUGGUGCUGGUAGUGGAGCUGGCAGUGGCGGAAAUGGAGGUAAUAAUUCUGGAAAUGCGACAAUUAUGGGCGCCAACAAGGCAACCAAAAAUUCUAACAUGAUCGGCUCCGGACAGACACUAAACAAAGCAAAUUUAUCAUUGAAUAUAGGUACAACAGCAGAUCGCUGCAACGUGGGUGGCAAGAAUGCAAGACUUUUGCAACAUGGCAUGGAUAGCAAAAAAAUAAAUGAAUAUUUUAAUAAACACAGUGUAACGACAAGCGGUGCCACAAAUAGUCCAAUGCGUCAGCACACGGGCGGUUCAAAGAGUCCUUCAGCCGCUGGUGGCAGCCAACAACAAACGGCACAACAACAAGUGCAGAAUACAGGCAAUGCUGGUGGUGGCGGUAGUACGGGUGCUUAUGGAAUGUAUCCACCUAGUCCCCAACAGUUGAAUUCGGCUGGUGUACAAACUCCCACAUCGCAGGCACCACCCGAAUUCCAUUACCAUAGCAGUGUGGCAGUGAACAAUGCUACAAAACAGCAGCGACAACAAACACCACAAACUUCCAAUGCAAUGGUUCCUCCUCAGUCGGCAAUUGUCGGCGUGUUGGCUAACAGUAUGGGUGUCCUUCCUGCAGGCGUUGUCGGCGGACCACCACCACCACCUAUGGGUCAGGCGCCGCAGCAACAUAUUCCCUCAACAUCUGUAGCUACAUCGGCGCAACAGACACUUACCAGUGGUGUAACCUCGCAACAGUUGGCAGCCGUACAGCUGAAUACACUGCAGCAUGCUGGUAUAAUACCGGGUGCAAUGGGUGGUAUGCAACCGCCAUUACCACCGGUACCAGCCAGCACCAUAACAAAGGGCACGCAAACAGACCUUUCUUUUCUAGAGAUCAAAGAGCGUGACUCGGAGAUCGAAACGAGCAAGUCAAAGCUCGAUGAGAUGACAAGACUGUCCGAUGAGCAGAAAUGCCAGAUAAUCGCUCAUCAAAAGUUGAUCGACCAACAUAAAUCGCAGAUAGCCAAGUGCAUUGACGUGGUAAAGAAAUUGCUGAAAGAGAAGAGCAGCAUCGAAAAGAAGGAAGCGCGACAAAAGUGCAUGCAAAAUCGUCUGCGUUUGGGUCAAUUUGUGACGCAGCGCGUUGGCGCCACAUUCCAGGAAAAUUGGACUGACGGCUAUGCUUUCCAUGAGCUAACCCGACGACAAGAGGAGAUAACAGCCGAACGUGAAGAAAUCGAUCGUCAAAAGAAGCAGCUGAUGAAAAAACGGCCCGCGGAAUCAGGACGAAAACGCAACACCAAUAGCAACAAUAGCCAGCAACAGAAUUCGAAUUCAAAUGAUUCGACCAACAUAGCUGGUUGUGAUCGUUUGACGGGCGGUAGUGAUAGUGGUAUCGGAUCGACUGGUGGUGGUGGCGGCGCUGGUGGUGGCAGUGGCCGCGGUCUCUCUCGUUCCAAUUCCACACAAGCCGGACAAACGCAACUGUUGCACAAUGGUGGUGGUAGCGGUGUCGGUGGAAGCAGUGGUGUAGGUGAUCGUCUCUCGGAUAGGGGUGGUGGUGGCAACAGUGGUACUGGUCGCGGCGAUAAUAGCGGUGGUGGCGAUGCAACGUUCCUUAAACCCGACCCUGUCUCUGGGGCGUACACAGCGCAAGAGUACUAUGAGUACGAUGAGAUAUUGAAGCUGCGGCAAAAUGCGCUCAAGAAAGAGGAUGCUGACUUACAGCUAGAGAUGGAGAAGUUAGAGCGUGAACGUAAUCUACAUAUACGCGAGCUUAAACGGAUACUGAAUGAGGAUCAGUCUCGCUUUAACAAUCAUCCAGUGCUAAAUAAUCGGUAUUUACUGCUCAUGCUGCUGGGUAAAGGCGGCUUUUCCGAAGUGCACAAAGCAUUCGAUCUGAAGGAGCAACGAUAUGUAGCGUGUAAAGUGCAUCAAUUAAACAAGGACUGGAAGGAAGACAAAAAGGCCAACUAUAUCAAACACGCAUUGCGUGAAUAUAAUAUACACAAGGCAUUAGAUCAUCCACGGGUGGUCAAACUGUACGAUGUGUUCGAGAUCGACGCCAAUUCAUUUUGCACAGUACUCGAAUAUUGUGAUGGCCAUGAUUUAGAUUUUUAUCUAAAGCAGCAUAAAACUAUACCCGAACGUGAGGCACGAUCGAUUAUUAUGCAGGUCGUUUCCGCACUAAAAUAUCUGAAUGAGAUUAAACCACCAGUUAUACACUAUGACCUGAAACCUGGCAACAUACUACUGACAGAGGGCAAUGUGUGUGGUGAGAUUAAGAUCACCGAUUUUGGUUUGUCUAAAGUGAUGGAUGAUGAGAAUUAUAAUCCAGAUCAUGGCAUGGACUUGACAUCACAAGGCGCGGGAACCUAUUGGUAUUUACCGCCUGAGUGCUUUGUUGUUGGUAAAAAUCCGCCGAAAAUUUCAUCGAAAGUUGACGUUUGGAGUGUUGGUGUUAUUUUCUACCAAUGUCUCUAUGGCAAAAAACCAUUUGGACACAAUCAAUCGCAGGCCACCAUCCUUGAAGAGAAUACAAUUCUCAAAGCUACAGAGGUGCAAUUCUCUAACAAGCCAACGGUAUCCAAUGAAGCAAAGAGUUUCAUACGCGGUUGCUUAGCUUAUCGCAAGGAGGAUCGCAUGGAUGUGUUUGCAUUGGCGCGACAUGAAUAUAUACAGCCGCCCAUACCGAAGCAUGGACGUGGUCAAUCGCAAUUAACGCAACAGCAGCAGCAACAACAACAGCAGCAGCAACAGCAACAACAGCAGCAGCAGCAACAAUCGACCACAUCGCAAGCGAAUUCAGCUGGACAGACGUCGUUUUCGGCGGGUAUGUUUGGUAAUCUGAAUCAGUCGAGCUCAUCCUAGCUCCAGACGAAGCGAAACUCAAAUUCCUAAUUGCUGAUGCUGAUCGCGAAUAAUAGUAAUAAUAAUAAUAACAACAACAACAACAAUAACAAUAAUAAUAAUAACAAUCUUCAUGCAAGCAAGAAAAACAAAAACAAAAACAAUAUGAUGAAUAGCAGCAAUAAUUACUGUAGCAGCAGCAGCAGCAGCAGAAGUCGUAAAUACCAUUUUACUUACAAUAGCAACAACAACAACAAUACUAAUAACAAUAACAAUAAUAAUAACAAUAACCAUCAUCAAAAUCAGAAUCAUCAUCAACAACACUACAAUUACAACAAUAGUAAUUAUAAUCAAAGUAAUAGCAAAAAAGUUGUGGCUUCGUCCAGCGAUUUGAUCGAGUCCGUGGACACAGCAGUGUUGGAGAGCACACAAAAUUGCCUGUAUACGCGCAGAAAGAAUGAAACAUCAUCAGCUGUUGCCGCAACGGCAGCACCGUCAGACCUAAUCCUCCAUCCAUCAACAAAUGCUGCUGAACAUUACAAAAGCACACAACAUAACAUACAACCACCGUUGCGUAUGAAACGAAAGCGUCAAACUGUUGUUGCUGGCAAAGAUAGAGCGUUGAUUGUUGGUCGGUAUGGCAAUUUGAAUAGCACAAAUAAUCGUCAACGUACAUCGGCAUCGCCCAGUAGACUACACCAGCAGUAUCAACACUGCCGCAAACAAGACUUGUAGAGAAAAACAAGCGACCAAAAAAAUAAACAAACAAACAAACAAACAUAUAAAUAAAAUGAUGCUGUUUGGUGGCGCAAAUACUACGCGACAACUGCUGUUGACUAGCUGCCGGUGUGUGCUGUUGUCAAUAAGUAAAAUGCUUGGAAAAAAAAGUUGUACAGCAAUAGAACACAAAAAUUUGUACAUAUAUAUUAUUAGACUACAAAACUUUGGUGAAAAAUAUGAAAAGCGUAAUGUUAUUUAAUUGAGAGAAGAAAGAAAGGAAAAAAAUCGUUAAAAAUGUGAUAAUGUAAUUGAAUUUUGUCAAAUGCGGUUUGCUGCAAAGCAUUAAUGAUGUAAAACUAACGGUGUUAAAAUAGCAUAUGCAUGGAAAAUAAGUUCAAAUUAUGCUCUUUCAGCAGUCAUAAGCACACAUAUUUUAGGGCUGCAAAAAAAUUUUUUUUUUUUUUUUUGAUAAAACGAUUACCGUAAUUUUUACAUUUGAGUUAGAAGCAUUACAUUGGUUUAAAGCCGCCCAAG